GUUUUGAAAGUCUCACAAACUUUUCCCCUCCCAACUCCAAAGCCCUACACUAUCUUCAGUUCUUCACCGGACCCCUUAAACCCCUUCAGCCUUCUACCGAAAACCAUUUUGCUCUACCAGAAGAGGACAACAGUUUGAAAGCGAAAACCAAAGCCAGAAAAAGAAAAAGAAAGUGAAAGAUAUAUAUAAAUGGCGGCCCCUCUUCUCAGAGCAAAUAGCUCUCUCAAGCGCAUGGCCUCUCGUUUCUUGGCUUCCGUUCACUCAUUUCAUUCCCAUGGCCACUGUCAUCUCACGCCCUCCUCUCCUUUUGCCGUCGCUCGACCCUCCUCCUCUCUUAUUAACAGCAGAGCGACUGAUGGGUGGAGCUUGAAGAAGGUUUCAAGCAAGCAUUUACGAUGGAAUGCUGUGACUCCCAGAGCAUUUAUGUCUUCAACCGUCAGCACUGAGGCUGUUCAUGAGAGUAAAGUCUCGAAAGAAUAUGGGUCGGAGCAGAUUCAGGUAUUGGAAGGAUUAGACCCUGUAAGAAAACGACCUGGCAUGUACAUCGGAAGCACUGGGUCCCGUGGCCUUCAUCAUUUGGUUUAUGAAAUAUUGGAUAAUGCCAUUGAUGAAGCUCAAGCAGGAUUUGCUUCGAAGAUUGAUGUUAUUCUACUGGCGGAUAAUUCAGUGAGCAUCACAGACAAUGGGCGUGGGAUCCCAACUGAUUUACAUCCAACCACAAAAAAGUCUGCUUUGGAGACUGUCUUAACAGUUUUGCAUGCAGGUGGGAAGUUUGGUGGUUCGAGUAGUGGUUACAGUGUGUCAGGUGGUUUACAUGGUGUCGGUUUAUCAGUUGUUAAUGCACUGUCUGAGGCCCUUGAAGUUACUGUGUGGCGCAAUGGUAAGGAGUACAAGCAGAAGUAUUCUCGUGGAAAGCCCGUGACAGAGUUAGUUUCUAAUGAGCUUCCGGCUGAAACGAGAGACCGUCAAGGGACUCGCAUACAUUUUUGGCCGGACAAAAAAGUAUUUGAAACUGCUAUUGAAUAUGACUACAACACAAUUUCUGGAAGAAUCAGGGAGCUUGCUUUCCUUAAUCCUGAGGUCACAAUUGGAAUUGAAAAGGAGAACAUAGACCCAGAGAAGAAGCUGUAUAAUGAGUACAGCUAUGCUGGAGGAUUAGUGGAAUAUGUGAAGUGGCUUAAUGAAGAUAAGAAACCUCUUCAUGAUGUCGUGGGUUUUAGAAAAGAAGCCGAUGGAAUCUCAAUUGAUGUAGCACUUCAAUGGUGUGAAGAUGCAUAUUCAGAUACAUUAUUAGGAUAUGCCAACAGCAUUAGAACUGUAGAUGGUGGCACUCACAUUGACGGGGUGAAAGCAUCGUUAACUAGAACGCUCAACAACCUAGGAAAAAAGUCCAAAUUCAUGAAGGAGAAGGAUAUUAGUUUAAGUGGCGAGCACGUGAGAGAGGGGUUGACUUGUGUCAUCUCUGUUAAAGUUCCGAACCCAGAGUUUGAAGGACAGACAAAGGCAGCACUAGCGGCAAAGAGGGCGAGAGAAUUAGUGAGACAAAAGAGUGUUUUGAAAUCAUCUUCCCUUCCUGGAAAGCUUGCUGAUUGCUCGUCUACGAAUCCUGAAGAAUCUGAGAUAUUCAUAGUUGAGGGAGAUUCGGCCGGUGGGAGUGCCAAACAAGGCCGUGAUCGCCGGUUUCAGGCUGUGCUUCCUUUAAGGGGUAAAAUUCUGAACAUCGAGAGAAAAGAUGAAGCUGCUAUGUACAAAAACCAAGAAAUUCAAAAUCUUAUUCUUGGUCUAGGACUUGGAGUGAAGGGUGAAGAUUUUAAAAAGGAUUCCCUUCGUUACCACAAAAUCAUAAUAUUAACCGAUGCAGAUGUUGAUGGUGCUCACAUACGAACAUUGUUGUUGACAUUUUUCUUUCGCUAUCAGAGAGCUUUGUUCGAUGAAAGCUGUAUCUAUGUUGGGGUCCCACCUCUAUAUAAGGUUGAGUCGCACAAGAAAGCAUAUUACUGCUAUGACGAAAAAGACCUUAAUGACCUUAUACGUAAAAAUUCUCCGAGUUCAUAUACCAUUCAGAGGUUUAAAGGCUUGGGGGAAAUGAUGCCUGCACAGCUUUGGGAAACGACCUUAAAUCCAGAAACGAGAUUGCUGAAGCAAUUAAGGGUUGAUGAUGUGGCGGAGGCUAAUAUUGUCUUUUCUUCUCUCAUGGGAUCCCGAGUUGAUACCAGAAAGGAACUCAUUCAGAACUCUGGAAGUCUCGUCAAGUUCGAUCAGCUCGAUAUUUGAAAUCCUUUACUCGAUGAAGGGUUAUAAAAGCUCGGUGGAUUUUGUAGUGACUGAGCACACAAUGUAUCAGAAAAAAAAUUUGUCACGNGCUUGUGGCAGUUAAAACAGAACCAAAGCACAGAUAUGGAUGUUAUCCUCUCAUCGUUCAGAUCAUGCAGCCACAAAAAGGUUUUAAAAACAGAUCUUUUGCUAUAAAUUGUUACACAAAUUUCAUUUCAACCUCGGCCAACGAAUCAUUUACGGCCAUUCUAAACUGUUAUAAGAAAUAUUGCAAGUCUAUGUGUCUAGUCUUAUCCAAGCCAUUUUUAAUGCUGUGGCUGGUAAAAAUCAUUCUAAAUUU